AUGUUUCAUUUUGAGGCCCAACAAAUUUUCUCCGAAAUCUAAUUUUGUUUCUUUAUUUUUUUUCUCGUCGGAGUUGUCCGGCGGCCAAAACGGAAUAGUCCAUUCGUCGGUGAAGCGCACGUAGAUUCUCAACUCAAUUCGUCCCGGCGCCAGUUUACGCUGAUCAACAAGAGGAUUGAACAUCCAGUGAUGUUUCAAUCCCUUGUCUCUUGUUCUUUGUCUUAAGAUCUUGAUUCAAGGUAGUAAGAAAGUUGGUUGGACAAACAGCUUGUGAAACUUAUGUAAGUAAAAAAAAUGGACAGAUUGUCUGGUUUGGAAACUGUAGCAAUUAGCAGAGAGAAGGGAAGGAUGUUGAAGUCUCUCAAUGAGGAGCUGCUUCUAUUAUCAAGGCCAAUAAGUGAAUCACUCUCCAAGGCACCUUAUACUCCUCCAGAGGGUUCAAGUGUCUCUAUCAAAUCCAUGCUACUGUCUCUUCUUUCCGACUCCCAACUCGAAAUAAGGGAUUUUAGCUUAUGCUGUGCUGCAUUGGCGUCUGCUGCCAAAUCCACCUACAAGCAACUCUUUUGGGUUCCCAAUUCGCUAUCUCUUGCUGCUGCCUCUGCCUUCAAAGACCUAUCUAAAGCUUAUGCUACCAUGGCUGCUGGGAAUCAUGACCUGAUCAAAUUUGGCGAGCUGGAUCUUGAUUUUAAGCCUCUCCCAAAUGAUAAAAUCUUGGCCAUACACUUAAUCCCUCAACUCUUGCCUUUGCUAAAAGACACGAUUAAAGAGAGUGCCAUUGAUAAAUCAAUUGAUGGUCAUGAGAUAUCAGCUGCAAGCGCUAGUGUUCCUGUAGCAUAUGCCAUUAUUGCUGCUUAUCAGUUUAGAUGGCUCAUUUCUCAGGUGGAUUAUCCUCACCUUGGAAAAGUGUGCUCUUGGGUGAUUCCAUGUGCCCUAACAGCUCUUGAUCACUGGUCGUCUGAAGUAAAGGGACAGGGCAUGAUUAGCUUAAUAUAUCUGGCGAAAAAUGUCAAUGCGGCUGAGAUUGGUUGGUAUGAAGAUGUAAUUCUUGAUGCUUGCUGUCAAAAUAUUGCUUCUGAUGAUGAGAUAUGGGAGCAUGUGGUUCAAAUAUCUGUACUUAUGGUGACCUUCACCCAGAAAAGUAAUCCUCGAAGCAUAUGGUAUGAAAAAAUGUUGAAUGAGAUGCUGAGUCACCUAGAAAGGCAACCAAGAAACAAGGAGCGACGUGUUGCAUGGCUACAACAUAUUGAGCCACUGUUUAAUGGUCUUGGUCUUAUACUGCUAUCUCAUUUCAGGCGACUUUUCCCCCUCUUCUUCCGGUGGAUGCAUGCAGAUGAUGACAGAACUGUUCUACUGGUUCUUGAACGGAUCAAGACAAUUGUAAAGUUGACAUGGAUAAGGAAUUCUCCAUACAUUGAAAGGUUGGUGGAUGAACUUGUUAGUCUAUUCAAGGAAGCAGCGCUGAAAAUUGCACGUGAAGAAAUCAGAAAACUUGUUCUUCAGACUAUAAUUUUGAUCCAACAAUCCAAGGGCUCGCAGUUCAAAACCGCUUGGGACAAGCACAAGGAUGAUCCUGACUUGACAAUUAUUCAUCGUUCCCUUAUUAAACAACAGCCUGCAAUGGUGGUAGCAUCAGCUGUCUUGGCCAAUUUUUUGCUGCAAAAUGAUCCUGUGCUUAUAUAAUACUUUGCCAAGGUGGUAGCAUCAGCUGUCUUAGCCAAUUUUUUGCUGCAAAAUGAUCCUGUGCUUAUAUAAUACUUUGCCAAUGAUGCCCUGAUCUGUAAAAUCAAAAUUCAGGUUCUAUCUGAUGGCUGGUUUUUAGCUGCUCCCUCAAUCCCAAUAUGUGAAAAGUCAUUUGGAUAGCAAUAGUGUUUAAAUGUCGUCUUGAUCACAUAUUAAUUGAGGAAAGCGUGUAAUAUUUGUGGCUUCUUGGUGCAAUUGUGUGCUAAAAGUUCCUGGAGUUAAUGAUAUAAAAAAGGGAUUUUGUAUCUGUUUGUUAA